CCAGGGAAUCACCAUGAAGCUCGCAUUUGUCCUUCUUGCCUUGGUUGCAGCUGUUUGCGCUCAAAAGGAGCCAUGGUGUCGCUGUGGCGCCUUCAUCACCUUCGACGACGAUGAGGCUAUGGUCUACGAGAUGCCAGAAGUCACCAUCGAUUCCUGCGAAAACCACAAACAGUGCAAGAAUUCCUGCACCAAGGAGAUGAAUAAAUACAGCCACUACGGGGAUCUGUGGGCCAUGACCCCCCUGAACAAAACCGUUGGACAGUCUAUUUGCGAGACCCUGUCCGGCCUCAAGCAUGACUUCGUCCAUAACCACUACGUGUACGGCUAUUACGAGGUAUGCGGAGGUCCUUGGGAGUACACAGGCAUUGCCUCCCAGGGAAUGCUCUGUUGCGACGACGGACUUCAAGAACACUGCAUCAACUAAUUAUGUUUAAUGACAAGAGUCGACCUGAAGAUCAUGUGUCGCUCAUUCUCAGAGAACCUGGUUGGAAGCAACACUGAGAUCAAGAGAGCUCUCAUGGAGGACACGGUCAGUUCUAUUGUCACAAGGUCCCCCUCUGAAGAUGUUCUGAGAUCCUCAGGGUCUAGGUUUGAUUUAACAUCCAUCAAGAAAAUGUGAUUUUCAUGUGGUAGAGCUCAUGUAGUGGUAUUAUCUGAGAAUAUAAUUAAACAUAACUAGU